AUGCCUGUAGCCAUAGGAAUUAUCCAUGAUAUGGAUCCAGGAGAGACAGGAAAGACUAUGUCAAAUUAUGGGAAAAAAAUACCCACACCUGAGGAAGUGAAACUAAGAUGGAUAGAAAUUGUGCGGCGCGAGAAAAACAUACGGAAGAAUCAUUUAGCAACAAAAGGCGAUGGAUCUGAACAAUGGCCAGGCAUCCAAUCAGCGACAGAGCAACAGUUGAAAGAGAAAAAUACAUAUUUCAACAACAACAAACAGAACAAACCUAGUUCGACCUACGACCGAUUAUUCCACGUUGAGGAAGGCUUCCAUAGUAAGAUACACCGGGACGACCGUCAGCACACCAUGAACCUAAAUGUGUAUUCCGAGGAAUCUUCAAAACAGAUACCCGUACUGUCAUCGUCAGCGUACGGACACGGAAAACCACUCGAAGUACCUUCCCGUCAACACGCGCGCAUCGAGCGCGUAGUUAAAGGUUUUUAUCGCACACGAGGUACAAAUCUACCGGAAUAUGGCUCAGACCAGUGA